AGAAUAAAAAAAAAAAAUUAGAAGGGCAAGUGGUCGUUUUUAGUUUUUUAGGAUUAAAACUUGUCAAAGUUUAAUAGAAAUUUGAUACGGCAGUUAUAUAAAUUCCAACCCACGAUUCUGGUUCUCGUCUCAUUCUUCGAGAAUCCCGUCCCUAAUAUAUAUCUCCUCGCAGGAACAAUAAACAAAACCCUACGCCGCCGUGCCCCUGCUCAGUCUCGGUGAAUUGGUCUCUCUGCUUUUGGGUCUCGUCCAACAAUAACUCUUUUGUAGUUUUGAAUUGUGACAGGCUCCACGGCCUCCAUCAAAAUCCAGAAAAGAAUGUCUCUACGCGAGCCAUGCAUGGAAGACUUACCUGUAGCUGUCAUGGUCGAUAUUCUCUCAAGACUUCCUGUGAAGACGAUCAUCCAUUGCAAAUGUGUAUGCAAGCAGUGGCAGAAUAUAGUAGUUUUCGACUCUUACUUUGCUGAUCUUCAACUCUCGAGAUCAUCGCCUCCAUGCUUGAUGAUUUAUUAUAAACCUGGCCCACUGAAGUGGGUGGAGGUCGAAGAAGGACUCUAUUACAAUUUACAUCACCACCCUGUCAUGAGCCUUGAUAUUAAUAUUGCACCUAUGACACUCCUGGUUGGCUCAGUCAGAGGCUUGGUUUGCCUGUGGCAGGUUAAUAAGAAUGUUGAUAACACUUACAUAUGCAAUCCUAUGACAAGAGAAUAUAUGAUCCUCCCUAGGCCACAAUACUAUAGAGAAGGCACUACAAAUAUCGUUUAUUGUUUUGGUGUCAGUUCACUUACACGAGAAUACAAAGUGAUACGAAUCUUCCAAAGGGGUAUAAUAAGGCUACCAGAUUCCACCGUAACGUAUAGUCUAUCCGAAGCUGAGGUUUACACUCUUGGCACAGGCCAAUGGAGAAGUCUGGGUCAUGUCCCAUACUGGUUGAAUGGAUCCCAUACUGGGCCAUUUCUAAACGGGCAUGCUCAUUGGAUUAUUCGUUACCAGGUUUUGCCUGAAAAGAUUUGUGCUUUCGAUUUCGAUAAGGAGACAUUUGAGUUGUUCCCAUCACCUCCUUCUGAAGUUAUACAUGCAAGGCAGAAGAACUAUUUCCAGAAGUUGGAUCUCCUAAAGGGUUGUUUAUGUCUAUGUGCUACCUCCAAUUCUAAAUUCACGGUUUGGGUGAUGAAGGAAUAUGGGAUCAAGAACUCUUGGCAUAAAGAGCUGGUGAUCAGAAAAGGGAUCAGCCGUGAUCUUGAUAUGUUGAUUUUGGGACACCCGUGUUUGAUCGAGUGUUUUAAAGAUGGAACUAUUUUGAUGGCAUCUUCUGGAAACAACCUAUUGGUUUACUCCCCUGUGAGUAAAACAGUUACAGAAACAAAAACAUUUGAUGGCUGCUUCAAAGGAUUGGCUUAUCGUCCUGGAUUUCAUAGGCUACUCAACUUCAAAAACGAGAUAGUUAAAGUGUUUUGAAGAUCUACGCAAGUUCUAUAUAUGAUCAACAUUUAGUUUUCUUAUCAAACGAUCCUUUGGAAUCCAAUAUGAUAACUAUUUCGUUUCAACAUUCAUUUAGUAAUUUCCUAUAUAUUAUGUGUUUUUUUAAGUGGUC